CAAAAAACGUCAACCCUAAUAUCUCAACACCGUGCCUCGGCCGUUCCGACGUGAUAACUUCCUCCUUAAGAGAUGGCCGACUUCGUCCGGGCGCUCAUCCGGGACCCCAACAAUUGCCACCGGGAGCUGAUCGACGGUUGGCUGCCCCCGUACGGUUUCCGGCCCAGUCUCGCCGCCGGCAUCACCUUCUGUGUUCUCUUCGCCGUCGCGUUCUUCGGCCACGCCGUGCAGAGCCUGCGCUUUAAGAAAUGGACGUCGAUUCUCCUCGCCAUUGGUGCACUGACCGAGACCAUUGGAUGGGCGGGUCGAACCUGGUCGUCGCAAUGCCCGUAUAAUCAAAACGCCUUCUUGAUGCAGAUCACCACCCUCAUCAUCGGACCGACGUUCUUCACCGCCGCUCUCUACGUGUUGCUGGGGAUAUUCAUCGUCCGCCUCGGACGCGCAUCCAGUUUGAUCUCGGCGCGCAUGUACGCCAUCGUCUUCUGCACGUGCGACGUUAUCUCGCUCGUGGUACAGGCCGUGGGCGGAGCGAUAGCGUCCAUGGAGGCGGGUGAGAUUGGAGGCGACACCUGGCCUGGUACCUACAUCAUGGUGGCUGGUAUCGCCUUUCAGCUUCUCACCAUGACGGUAUUCGCCCUGCUCGUCAUAGACUUUGUGCGCCGCUCGCUCAAGCUGGGCAUACCUCGAGACUACUACCCCCUCCUGGGCGCUCUCUUGGUGUCACUCCUAAUGAUUUACAUCCGGAGCAUCUACCGCACACUCGAGCUGAGCGAGGGUUGGAGCGGAGAUUUGAUCAGAAACCAGGGGUUAUUCAUCGGACUGGACGCUGUUCUCAUGGUGAUUGCGGUCGCCGUAUUCCUGGUGUUUGACCCUGCCCGACUGAGCAUCGACACGCCCGCACAGGCGGGUAUUAUUACAGUUGCGGAGGCGGAGAAGGGUUCUAACAACAGCGACCGCGAUAGGAUUUCAGCUGAAGCAAUCUGAGCCUUUGCUGCGUAGCUACAUUAGGGAUAUUCAAGAUAUUUCCUCUUUGACAACAACUAGCGCAUAAUAUCCUGGAGUUGUGGUUGCUCAGCAACUCCCGCAUGGUUGACUCUAAUUCCCGCAGCACACCGACAACGCAGGGAGUCCUAGAGCUUGGACGAUGUUGAGUGUCCACUUGC